GACAGAGGGCCCUUUCUUACACGGGGUGGGCAGGGCAGGGAGAAGUGACUCUGCCCUGAGAGAGUGACACACACAGGGAGAGAGGAAGAGAGAGAGGGAAAGAGAGAGAGAGACAGAGAGAAAGAGAGCGAGAGGCAGAAAGAGCGCCUUUCAAUACAGACCAAGUAUGGGGCAAAGUUGAGAGCUUAGAGUAUAUCAACAAAAAGCAGCAGCAGAUAUUGAAGAGGAUAUACAAGGAAGAGGAAAGGAGGAAGAGGAGCUUUACUGGCCUGGACUUCUAAAGUGUUUGCCGAAAAUCUCUCAGAGCCAGAGGAGAAUGGAUUCAAAUAGACAGGAGACUUCAGAGGACCUGAGGUAGAAUCCACAAAUCCCAAAAGAGGGACACAAACAAACUACUCUGAGAGGCAGACUCCAUAGACCUUCCCAUCGCAGCAAGGAAAGAUCGGAAUCAUUACAGCAACUGAAGGAUUUCAAAGGAAAACGUCCAUCUCUCAUAAAACAAUUGAUCUUUGGUCUUCAAACUAUCAUAAAUAAUGCUUUGGUCUUUAAACCUCCAGACAAGGCACUUAAGGAAGGAGGGGAGGAUAAAGAGAUUCUCCCUGCAUCAAUGAAUUUUCCAGUCUCUUGCUAUCCUCCCUUGGCAUGUGCUACUAUAUCAGCAACAUCUUCACUAUCAAGAGUUCACAAGCACUAGAUCAGGGUCAAAUCACCAUAGAAACAAUCCCCUUCCUGGUAACAGCAACACCCUUGGCUGACUAAUUCAAUCAUCUAUCCUUGUUUGCUAUUGUGGUUGGCUUCCUCAAUAGAUGACACUCAAAAGGAGUUGCUAAGACACUGUCAGUGAACCAUGAAGGAAGACAUCUUGGAUUUUUUCAGUAACUUGUGGAAGGUGGCCACCACCAAGCAUGACCAGGGGAUCUACAAUACAGUCUGCCUGGUGGUGCUGCUAGCCCUGCCUAUGGUGGUGCUCUUCACUUCUCUGGUGGUGUGCUGCCACUGCUGCUGCUGUCGCCGGGCCAACUCCACUGGUUGCUGCGGAGACAGCCCAAGAUCAGACACAGCAAAAUCAGACAAAAAGAAGAAGAAGAGUCCCAAAAAUGAGGACUUCUGGAUCUCGGUCAAAACAGGACCUAUGACACCAGACAGGGUUGCCCUGACGAUGGUGUAGUAGUCGUGACUGAUGUUCAGAUAAGGUUUCAUUCUUUUGUAUUUAUAUUCAGCUCUUUUUUACUGCAAGGUACAGGUACAUAAUGCCGGGCAAGGCCAGCCUUAGUCUUUUAAAGGCCCUAAGCGAUAUUUGUUUUUAAGUUUUAAAGUUAAUUUCCUGCAAUUCUACACAUUUUGCCAUGGGGUGUACAGAAAAUGUUGCAGUUUUAAAUCACCUUUUUGCAGUUUUACACAUUUUGCCUUGGCUCAGAAAUAACUUUUUGCAAUUUUAUAACAAAUUUCAUGCCAUUCUACACAUUUUGCUAUGGGGCAGAGAUACAUUUUUUGACCGUUUGAAAGCAACUUUCCUGUAAUUCUACAUAUUUUGCCAUGAUUUAAUGAUAUCUGAGUGACAGUGACUAACAAAAUCAAUGAGGGCCCCAUGGAGGUCAGGGCCCCUAGGCACGUGAACUGCGUGCCAGGUCGGUAUUCGGCCAAUGUUACUACAGGUUUAGAUAGCUGGGUAGACUAACUUAACAAUCUUAACAUUGUUAGCUGACAUGUCUAAUUGAGUGAUUGUCUGUGACUGACAUCACAAGAGAAAAAUUGCUGAUGCACAACCAAAUUUCGAACUUUCCCCUUGUAUAUUCUACUAUUCUAACUCUCAACAGUAAGUGGAGUUUAGUUUUUUUUGGCGGGGGCCCCCUAGCAGCCUGGGGUCCUAAGUGAACACAUGUCGUUUAUGCCUGGAGCCGGCACUGGUGUUCAAUAUGCUACAUAGAAACUCUUGAAAGAGACUAAAAGAACCAAUAAUAUGUGAUUGAUUGUGUGUGUGCGUGCAUACAUAUGUGUGCCUGUGCAUAUGCACGUACGUGUUACUGUACCUUGAAGCUAGUUCCACCGCAUUUUUUUAUUGUUUCCUUCUAAUCACAGACUGAUUUAGACCUGAGACACCAGGUGUGUGCAAUUACCUAUCAGGUAGAACAUAAAACCAGCAGGCUCCAGACCUCAAAGGGUAAGAGUUGAAUACCCCUGUGUUAGAGUGUGCACUCAACCAGAAGGUUGAGGACUGCUUUCUAUUUCCAAUGCUGGAGGCCAGCAAUCUAGUAUUGUGAUUCGGUUAGAAAGAUAAUAUUUUUUAUAGGUUAGACCAUUUCAAGUUCAAAGCACUUGCAGUUAUUGCACUUACAAUGUGAACAAUGUGAACUUAUGUAACUACUUUGAAAUCUUUUGCUGUAUUUGCUAUAUCCACUAAAUGGAGAUCUCAAUUCCAUUCAUGAGUUGACUAUCAAUCGCUGGAUUUAAAAGAACGAAGUGAAGCACUGAGAUCUUUCAUUUACAUUCCCGUAGAGUAUGCUAAAGCUCAGUAUUGUUGAUGAAUGAGUGUUUCUACCCAACAGUUCCAUGUGUUACGCUACCUUAUGCUCAGAUUGCCAUGUGUACUGUCUUGCACUGUCCCUAUUGGUUCAUAAAAUCAUUAUGUGUUAUUAUUAUUAUCUCCAGGCUCUCAGACUUUGGGGUGCUAAGUGGAUCCUUCGUACAUCUUUAUCCCUCAGUGCCAAUAGCCAUCAUUUCACAUGUAGUGAUAUUUACUGGCAUAUCAUAGUUGAGGUACUACACCAUCAUUCAGUAUUUUCUACACCAUUGUGUUGAUAAAACAUAAGGUGUGUGCAUAUGGGGCGUUGUGUGCAAAAUGCACACAUUUUGGGGCGGCAGGUAGCCUAGUGGUUAGAGCGUUGGGCCAGUAGCCAAAAGGUUGCUAUAUCGAAUCCCUGAGCUGACAAGGUAAAAAUAUGU